GGACAAACUUUGGAGGAAAUCUAACGGCAAUUAAAGCAUAUUGUGUUUGUACUUAAGUUCAUCCUGGCCGAUAUGACUCCAGAUGUACCAGCCGAAGUACGACUGGCAAUCCGAUGAACACAAUUUGUUGGAGCACAUCAACAAAUAUCAAAAUGACGCAUAAAGAACAUAUAAAUAUUGAAGAUGAAAUGAAGUUUAAGGGGAAUAACGAACAGAAUAAAAGAAUAGAUUAUGUCCUCGUGUUCCCAAAGUCCAAAGAUGUCCAAACCAAAAAGCCGUCGAGCCAUGAAAAGUACAGGAACAGAUUUGAGGAACUAUUAAGGAAAGAAGGUUUUUCCAUCCAGCAUGACACUAUUGAACAACUGGUUUAUGUCAAGCUCCACUGUCCUUUCAAACGGCUAUGUACUGAAGCACAGAGAAUACAACUUAAAAUGCCUAUUAAAGAUUGUCAAAUCAAGCCAGUAGACAAGGGAAUUUCAAGAAUGAUCCAAAAUCGCUUCGUAACCGACACUGAAGUCGAUUUGGUCAGUACUCGAUUGUUUGUUGAUCAAAUUGCCUUGUUUAAAAAUUGUGACGAUCCAGCCACCUUCUUCAGCCCAGCACGAAGGUCAUUUCUUACACACCACAUUUUAAUAAAUAUUGAUAAUCAAAAGAUAAAAAAAUAUGACGAGCAGAAGGAACCGUGGAAGAAAUGUACAAACAACGCCAAGCAAGGCGUUCAAGGUCUUCAGUACCUGCUAAUGGAAAAAAUCUACACUGACGCCUUCAUUUUACACGAGGACUCCAAAUUAUGCCAGGAGAAGGAUACAUGUAUGGAUGGGAACAAGUACAACAGUAAAACCGAAACUGACAUAGAACAGAAUGCCAAGGAAAUCGAGACAAAGGGAAAUGAACUACUAACCUUUGAUCCACUCUCUGAACUGGAUGAUACUUGGACGAAGGUUCUUAAGUUUCAGCCUCUGUGGAAAGUGCGAAACUACUUUGGUGAAAAGAUAGCUCUGUAUUUUGCUUGGUCUGGCGAACUGAUAACGUCUCUGUGGAUACCGAUAAUAUUCGGUCUCAUCAUCUUCAUUUAUGGACUUGUAAAAAGCAUUGAAGUGUCGCUGAAUUCCACUUUCAAUCUUCCGGAGAAUGCUACAUUUACAGAAGAAGUGACGGAGGCUAUGGUUCGUGUUAAGCAAUCGUUUGAUAAUGAUGCCGCCCCAUACUUUGCUCUUGUCAUAUGUGCAUGGGGUACUAUUGUUUUGAAGUUGUGGAAGCGGAAGGAAGGUACACUUGCCUAUGAGUGGGAUGUUGACGAAUUUGAGGAAACAGAAUCAGACAGACCUCAGUAUUAUGUUAAAGACGAUCCUAUAACCAAUGGAAAGGUAUGGUAUUACCCAUUCGAAAAACAACGUCUCAAGUCUUUUGUAUCAGCUUCUCUUGUGCUUUUCAUGAUCUGCGUGGUGUUGGGCAUUGUUGUUGGUGUAAUUGCCUACCGUAUUACCAUGAAUGUUGAAGUGUGUCCGAACAUGGAGCUUCCAGGUUGCAUCUUUCUGACAACAGUCGUGUCCUCUCUGCUAAACGCUGUCUUCAUUUUAGUACUCCAAAAGCUGUAUGACCGGAUGGCUGUAAAGUUGACUGAUUGGGAGAACCACCAGACUGAAACGCUCUACCAUGACGCUUUGAUCAUCAAACUGUUCGCCUUUCAGUUUGUCAACAGUUACGCAUCUUGCUUCUAUAUAGCGUUUGUCAGAGAGCGAGUUGAUUAUUCGUGGCUGUUUGGAAACUCGCAAUACGACAGGUGCUCGGGGACGUGCAUGUCACAGCUCUCCAUCCAAGUUCUCGUGUUGAUGAUCGCCAAGCCAUUCCCCAAGUUCCUCAUAGACUUCAUUUGGCCAUUUCUUAAACAACGCUGGCAACAUCGUCCCUCCUUCUUACGUGUCAAGUGUCCACUGUGGUGUCGAAAGAAUCAAGUGAACCAGUCAUCAACGAAUGAUGCCAUCAGUUCACACUUUCUUGAGAAGAAGUUCUUGACGAACGAAAGACUAAAACCCGACCUGGGCGACUUCACUCUUUCUGAGUACACAGAGAAAGUCAUCAUGUAUGGAUUUCUUAUGCUAUUCGGCGUAUCAUUUUCGUUAGCACCUCUUGUGGCUCUCAUCGUCAUUUGGGUGGAUAUCCACGUUGAUGCCAAACGAAUGUUGUGGUGGUACAGGAGACCAGUUGCCUUCAUUGCUGAAAACAUUGGAAUGUGGUCCACGAUUUUGACGUUUGUUAACUUUGUUGGAAUUCUAUCACAUGCCUUCAUCAUUGCCUUCACGUCGUCUUGGAGUGAAAACUUCUCAAUGCAGAAGAAAUUAUGGAUUGUCAUUAUAUUUGUGCUUAUAUUGUUGGUAUUCAAAUUCAUCUUGACCUAUAUAAUAUCAGAUGUACCUGCCUCACUACAACAGAGGAUGCGAGAUGACAAGAAACAAUAUCUGCAGAAAUUAAACAUAGCAGAGGUAAAUCACCAGAGUGUAAAAUUCCAAAAACCCAAACUGAAGUAACCAAUCACAACUUAGACGCUACAUGGACAUCCACAACAUCCACAACCACGACGACACGGAAUGUUGAUCAAAUUCAUCGGCGAAAGAACUGUAAACUGGCUUAUGUAUUAAAUAUUAUAAAAUAUAUUCAAAAUUACAGCAUUACUUUAUGAAUGUGUAAAAACAUUUGUUUGUGAAAAGACUAAAACAAUUGUGGAAUUUUGUUCAGUAAAUAUGUUAUGGUAAGAAUUUAAGCAUCUGUGAUAUUGUAAAUAGUUACUAUGUUAAACAUCUGCUUUAUAUGAAAUGUACUUUGCGACGUGAUUCUGAACACAAUGUUCACUGUAUUUGACUUUAAUUUCAAUGAUUUUCCCGAAUUAUGAUCAGUAAUGAUUGUUUCCAUAACAUCCAGAAGCUUGUAACCAAUAGAAUAGAUUCAUUACAUAAUAAUUAUUUUUAUCUGUGGUAAAAGCUGGUGUAAUGUAUGAGACCAGGACCAAUUUAAUAACUAGACAAAACAUUAAUUGAGGUAAACUAGAGCUUAUUAAUUACUAGUUCGUAAUUGGUGUGAAAAGAUCACCAUGCGUCUUGGGUUUGUAAAUUGUGUUUACUGUCUGUUGUCUGUUUAAUUAAGGUUUGACGUGGAUUAGGGGUAGUAAAAUAAUUCUGAACUAAGUACAUUAAUUAACACAUAAUAGUAUAGUAAUUAUUGCAAAAGCCAUGGCUAUAUGAUAUGACACUAUUUUCUGUUGAUUACAGUUGCAAACACAUAACUGAAAUUUGUGAAAAUGUCAUUUGAAAUGUUUCUGUGUUCCUAUUGAUAUUUGACCCGACAAGUGAUAUGCCGACUUCCUGUGAGUAGUUUUACCCAUAACUUGUCACAGGCGUCGUUUUUCUAAAUUAAAGGGUGCCAGUGUCUUUUGAAUGACGUAACAUUUAUGUUCUUUUUGGUCUACAGAGAGGCGCCUCGGAUCUUCAUUCACUGGAAUACGUUUCACACCUGCGACUUGCCAGACUUUGCAGAUUAUUUUAAUCUUAUUGGAGGUGGUUUAAUGGUGUUCCUCUACUAGGGACACCACCUCCUUUUUGAAUUUGCCGGAGGUGGUUUAAUCUUGUCCCUCUCCUAGGGACACCACCUCUGGAUAAAUAGAGGAUGCCGAUAUUGGAGGGCUGGGUUGGAUGGGGGGGGGGGGGGUUGUUGGGUGGGGUUUGGGGGAGGGGGGGUGUGCCACCGGAUGUUAGUGGUUAGGCGCUUAGGUGUAGGCGGUUUAGGCCGUAGGGAGAGAUAGGUUUGUCUGGGGGUUAGCCCCCUCUCCCCUUUUUCGCACCUCCCUCCUUCCCCCCCCCCCCCCCUCCCCCCCCACCCCCCCCCCCCCCCCCCCCCCCCCCCCCCCCCAAUCCGGCCACGCUUUAGUUACCGAUAUUUUCGGUACCCCUCUGCUAAAUAAUAGGUCUUCAAAUUUGGUAUUUCCUGUGACUCUUUGAGCCUUUAAACCACCAACCCUCUCCAGACAAGGGCUUAAGUAAUUAAUAUGAAGUAGAUUAUGAGAGCAUGUUAUUUUGGUAGCCCGUUCAAAAUUUGGUGUUUAAUUUUAAGAUUUAUUUUGAAAUUAUAUUAUUUAUAUUUAAAUAGAUUGUUUUGGGAUUACACCAAACAAAUUUAUAUAUAUUUUUUAAUUGUCCCCAUAUUUAUUUAAUUUUUAGAGUAAAUAUCCAAAUUGUCCCGUUAAAUUUCUGGCCCGGAGCAGACCCCUGGCUAUCCAGGACUCGGCCCCGGGGCAGACAUGCUUGAAGCUCUAGUGGCAUAUAAGCAUGUAAAAAUUUACAACCAAGCAACCAACCUACAAGUGACUUGUACAUCAUAAACAGAUACUAACUACGCUGAGAUUAUCUGUAAACAUUUGUUUACAAAUACCAUAUUGAUAUGAUUUAGCUUUUUCAAUAUUAGUAUUGUGAUAUUGUUUGUUGGGAAUGCUCUUUCUUAAAACAUUUUUGAAUUUUGUUUUGAUCUUUUGUGUCAAGCGUAAUCUGUUGUAAUCACUGUGUUUAUGCAGAUAUUUGUGUGAAGAUGUAACAGAGAAGAGUGAAUACAUAUUGUGUUUUUGACAUAUAUAUAUAUAUAUAUAUAUAUAUAUAUAUAUAUAUAUAUAUAUAUAUAUAUAUAUAUAUAUUGGAGUGAUAAGUUACAAAAUCCUUAGAUUAUAAUAUUGAUUAUAGGUACCCAUAUAGUAAUUAGUAUUUGUUAGUCAUGAUCAGGUUGGAAACUUUAAAGUUUACUACAUAAAUGAAUACCGUUAUUAGUUGUGCAUUUAUUAGCUUUUAGAAAGCAUUUCUAUUAGGACAAGUAUAUUUAUCAAUGUAAUAUUGGUGUUGUUUUUGCUUUUUAUUAUAAAACGUAUAUCUGUUUUUCACUAGUGCCAUAUGCCUUUUUGGUGGCUAAAAUACUGUGCUUUUGAGAUUUUAAACUAUGCCUAUUUGUUGACUAACCUGGUGAUUUCGAUAUUUCAAGUUAUAGUUAUUAUACAUGCAGCAACCGAAAAGGGAUCAAAUGAGGCAGGAUAUUCUCACGGUUCGUAAACACCUGAUAUCAUUACUUUUGGAAUUGCUUCAAGAGAGCAUGGCAUCACAGUUAUAUCUAUUGCAAUAAGCCCUGCCCUGUGCUAGUUUUGAUUUAGUAAGCUGGUCUGGAAAUGGCAGUCCUCUUUGUGGCGGUGCAAGAAGGAUGUAGUGUCCAGCAAAGGAUCUCUUUAUGAGUGGCUGUCCUCCUAUAGAGGAGGCACUAGAAUGAGUUUCGUGAAAUUAACCAAUAUUUUGCCAAAUAUCAUUAGACUGCAUAGCGGUUUUAUCGUUCAGAUUUAUAUGGACUUUACAAUAGACAGGACAGUACAGACUAUGACAUUAACGUGCCAAUCAUGGGAUUCUGAGAUGGACAAAAACGGAGUCCAUCAAGGGCGAUAAAUCUUGUGACCCAUUGCGCCUUAGGCAAGCACUCUAGCACGAAGAGAAAUAUUUCUAAAUAGCUUUAACUGGGAAGAUGGGAGAUGGAAGGCCAUUGCGUCCACUUGCCUAACUAAACGUUACCAACUGACCAUUGACCACUGUCCUAGACACAUAGUUGAGGUACGUGUACGUAUUAUAUAUAUUAUAUGCAUUAUAUUGCAGCAUAAUUUAUUGAGUAUUUUUAUUUCUAUAACAAAGGCUUUGUGAAUAUAGUUUUUUAUGAUCUUAUUGUGAGAAAUGUGUAAUAUGUAAGUAAAAGUCCAAAUAAUUUAACAAGCAUGCACAUCUUCCAGUUUUAUCAAAACUAUCCUUCCACAUUCUUCUAAUUUACCUUGUCUUGCUUGUUUUCAUAAAUAUCGUUUUUGUGUAUUGUUUUGUCUUGUUUUGUUUUACCAAAAGUUAUGUUGUUGAAACUAAUUUCCUACAUUAAAAUGUUCCUCAUUUUGAAAAACAUUUAUCCUGAAAGAGUUUACUUUCAAUAUAAUUUCAGUCCGUUUGUCUACAAUAUGGAGUGUGCACAUAACCUUCUGUUUCUCUUAGUGUUGACGUAUUUAUUUUCUUUGAGUUUAUAUAUUACUUUUAAGAAUUGUUUCAUUGUCUUGUCACGACGUGUAUUUAUUAAUUAUCUGCUGUAAUAGUAUAGUACAUUGCAUUUUAGCAUUUCGGACGUUUAUUUGUUAUUAAAACAGCUUUUUAAA